UGUCCAUAAUAUUCAAUUUCCAUUUCCCAAUUGCAUUCUCAAUUUGCACAAUUUACCUAUCUCAUCUCAUCUCAUCCCUUUAUACUACAACCUCUCUUCUCAACAAUUCUCAAAUUCUCAAUCUCAAUCUCUUCCUUCAACCACACCAACAACCAAACCAAAAAAACUCUUUCAUUUCAAGAAGAAAAAAAGCCUUAAAAAAAAUGGCUCACAAAAUAACCAAAAAAGAAGAAACAGAAUUCCAAGUUCCUGAAACAAUAACACCACCAUGCAUCAACCCAACACAAACAACAACAACACCAACAACAACCACAACAACAACGUUAACAGAACCAUCUAGAUUCUUUGAAGACAAAUCAUCUAAAGCCAGAUCUGCCACGUCAUCAUUUUCACAAAAGAGAUCUCACCCAAGCAACGAUGAUUCAAAUGUUCAACCUCAAACAACGUCGUCAGAAGCAAAACGCGCCGUGAAUCGUUGCUCCGGUUGUCGGAAGAGAGUCGGUCUUACCGGAUUCCGUUGCCGAUGCGGUGAUCUUUUCUGCUCCGAGCAUCGUUACUCCGAUCGUCAUGAUUGUUCGUAUGAUUAUAAAGCUGCUGGAAGAGAAUCUAUUGCUAGAGAAAAUCCUGUUGUUAAAGCUGCGAAGAUCGUUAAGCUCUGAAAUCUGAACAAGCUUGGAAAAAUUUAAAGAAGAAAUUGAUCGAAAAAACACGAAGAAAAUUGUUGUGAUUUGAUUAAUUAUUCGUGUCUGUUUCUCGCAGAAAAAUUCGAAGGAGCUUGGAUCUUUUUCUUUUAAUAAUUUCUAAUUUUUCUUGUAAUUUUAUUUAGUUUGGUUUGGAAAUUUAUAAAUUAUAUUGAUUACGUGAAAAAA